AUGUUUUUUAUAAAUCAUGAAGUUUUUUUUUUUUUAUUUUCAAGUAUAGCUUUAACUUCAGCUAUAUUUGUUAUAUAUUCAAAAAAUACAGUUUAUUCUGUAUUUUUUUUAAUCUUAGUUUUUACAAAUAUGACUGGUUUAUUAUUAGUUGCUGAAGUAGAAUUUUUAGCUAUAAUGCUAAUUAUAAUCUAUGUAGGUGCUAUUACCGUUUUAUUUUUAUUCGUUGUUAUGAUGCUAGAUAUUAAAAAAAUUGAAACUAAUAAUAAUAAUUAUGGUUAUUUACCUAUUAUUUUUUUAAUAAGUUUUAUUUUUUUUAUAGAAACUUUCACAAUAUUUAGUAAAUCAUUUACUUCUUAUCAAUAUUUUAUACACAAAAAUUUAGCUAUGGAAACAUAUUCUAGAUUAUGUGAAGACUGGACUUUUAGAUAUUCACCAGCUUAUGAAACUGUUCCUUAUUUUCAUAAUCAAUGGCAUUUAAAAUUAGAUUUAAUAACCAAUAUUGAAACUUUAGGUCAAAUUUUAUAUACAUAUAAUGCUUUUUUUUUAUUAGCUGCAGGUUUAAUUUUAUUAAUUGCUUUAAUUGGUGCAGUUACUUUAACUUUAAAAGAAAAAAAAGAUAAAAAAUUUUUAACUAAAAAUUUAUAUAAACAAUUAUCGAGAAAUUAUAUAAAUGCUGUUUAUAAUAUUAAACAGAAAUAA